AUGCAAUCUAUUGGAUUACUUGACUUACCUGAUGAAAUACUCGUUAUGAUUUUUACAAAAUUCAAUACCGUCGAAGCUUUUGACUCAUUAUUAGAUACUCAUGAUAAAAUAGAUAAACUUGUAUAUGAUCCUAUUUUUACGAAUCGCUUAACAUUAUUCAAAUGGUCAUCGAAUAACAUUAUUGAUCUAUUAUAUGAUUAUGUCAUUGAUCGUUUGUGUUUUCGAAUAUUACCGAAAAUUUACAAUAACAUCAAAUGGCUUAAUCUUGAAUUUUUAUCAAUAGACCGUAUUCUUUGUUUUGCAAUUUAUCCAAAUUUAUAUGGACUUGGUUUAUUUAAUAUGCCCAUCGAUGAAACUGUUAGCGUCAACAGAUGA